GUUCAAAUUUUUUAAUAACCACAACAUGUAACCUGACCAUUUAUAAACCUCUACCAAAUUACUAAUAAAAUGGACAAAUAACUUAUAGUUCCCAUUCUUAAUAAUCACAUACAUCUCUUUAAGCUUCGAAGAAUACACAAUUGUAAUAUACAUUGAAUUACACAAUGUUAUGUACCAAUGACAUUGCACCAGCAAUUAAAUGGAUAAAAUCAUGCCGCCGAAUGCCAUGGAUGGUAAAUCUUGAAGAUCAGUACAUAACAGAUGAUCAAGUAAAAGCAGCAUAUCAAAAUACACGUCUUGAACACAAUAUACAACUUGAUAUCAAUUCCAGCCCUAAACUAGCAAGGCUUACACGAAUUAUGGUUACCCUAGGCAUGACGAAUUCUCAUCCUGACGCCGUCGUUAAUAUGAUGAUGGCUGGGGCGAACAUAGUUCGUUUGAAUAUGUCUCAUGAAACAGAGAAAUGGCAUGCAAUCACUGUACAAUCUGUUAGAGAAGCAGGAAAUAGAAUGUAUGAAUUGACGACGGAGGUUUACCCCUUGGGAGUUGCAAUGAAUCUCCAGGGUCCCGAAAUAAGAACGGGUGCAUUCCGUGGUGAUGAGAAGAGUAUAGUAUAUUUACAGGGAUACGCUAAAUUAGAGGAAGGUAAAAUGGUAAAAUUGGUAACGAACGAUAUCGCAAAACGUGGAGGGUGUGCUACAUGUUUCUGGAUUUCUUACCUUGAAUUACCUCGUGUAUGUCGGGUAGGAGAUAGGAUAUUGAUUGAUCGAGGCGCUGCUCUAUUACAAGUCGCCUGUAUCCAUGAAGAAGCUGUAACUUGUAAAAUAAUUAAAGGUGGUAUUGUAAGGGAUAACAAAUUGGUGCAAUUACUAGACAGUGUAGUUUCAUUACCACAAAUUUCGGAAAAAGACACUGAACAUAUGAAAUUGGCUUCAAUGUUAGAAUGUGAUUUCCUUAUAAUGAAUCAUACACGUAACGAGAAAAUGUUGUAUGGCAUUAAAAGUCGCUUGAAGAAAAUGGGUGUUACUAAAAUUUGCGUCAUGGCAAAGAUCUCAAAUCAGCAAGGAUUCGAAAAUUUCGAUGAAAUUUUACAUUCAGCUGAUGCUAUUCUUCUCGAUAGAAACAAUAUUGAAAUAGACGUAGGGAGUGAAAAACUAUUUUUAGUCGAAAAAAUAAUUAUUGCGAAAUGUAUAAGGAUAGGAAAACCAAUUGUAUUAGGGUUUCAAGUAUAUAACAACGAACAGUUAAAUAUUGAUAUGAAUUUAAUUGCGCAUGCUGUUUUAAAUGGAGUCGAUGCAAUUUUUCUGAAAACUGGUGCUAUGAAUAUGAAAGAUACUACUAAAUUAUUAAGAGAUGUUGAUAUAGUAUGCAGAGAAGCUGAAAGCGCUCGGUGGCAAAAGGAAAUUUUCGAUGAAUUAAGCUACAAGGUGCCAAUACCUCUAGAUCCUUUACACGCUAUCAUAGUUGGAGCAGUUGAGACAUCGAUAAAAUCAAAUGCAGCAGCAAUUGUCGUUACCACAACAACAGGACGCAGCGCUGUUUUAUUAUCAAUGUAUCGUCCUAAAUGUCUAAUUCUUGCAGUUACUCGUUAUGGAGUAGUUGCUAGAUGGCUACAGCUGUACUAUGGUAUCCAUUCUGUUCAUUACAGAACGGAGCCCUUGUCUGAUUGGGGUAAAGACAUGCAAACUCGAAUACAGACUGGUAUCGACUCUCUCCGAAGAAAAGGGUACAUUAGAGUUGGCGAUGCGAUCGUGAUUGUUAGUGGAUGGCGCCAAGGAGCAGGCUUUACAAACUGCAUACGUAUAGUUUAUGUGUCACCUGGACACAUGGAAAAUCAAAUAGCGGAUUCCGAGUCUUGCUGGUGAAAUAUAUCCCUUUUUCUUAAUUCAAAUAAAACAAUUUUAUUAUAGUUGAAACAAUUAAUAAAACAUUUUUAAUUAA